UUAUAGGAAGAGGAUUUUAAUAUCACCCUACAAAAUGACCUCUUCUUUCUCAUAUGACACAUUCUGCACAUAGACAUCAAUGCUAGCCUCACCCAAAACCCAAACACAGCCAGGGGUAUAAAAGCAAGCACUGCAUUAUUCUAAACAAAAACACAGAGAAAGCCAGCGUCAAACGUUUAUAGAAGAAGAAGAAAAGGAUUGAUUAAUUGUCCUUUGCUUUCUAACAAAUCUACAAUGGCAGACAUCUCAAAGGGCGAAAUCUGCACUUCUGGAGAUAUUUACGUAUUAACAGUGAAUGUAAGCGAGUUUGCACCAGAAGAAGUUAUAGUAACCUCAACCAAUAAUUCAAUACAAGUCUUUGCAGAAAAGUUGGCAUCAGAUCGCACAGUUUUGGACGUCAUUCGACAGAAGUACCAAUUUCCAGCUGAUGUGGAUCCAAUGUCAGUUACAUCGUUUCUAGAGAAAGGUGGAUUGUUGACGAUUAAAGCUCAAAAACACACAACAAAAAACUUGUGAAUUAUGGAUUGAAACAAAGAUGUGAAACCUGAUGGAAGGAUGCUAGUUUGAGCAUUUUAAUAGUUUAUUAUAGCUUUAAUAAACAUAAUUUGGUUUAUUCAACAAAAAUGUUAUACUUUGCACAGAUUUUUAUUUUGACUUCAAAU